CGUGCGGAUCUUCUACCGAGAGUGGCUGGGUGACCCUCAGAUAUGACAGUCCAGAAAUUGGUCGCCACAGCCGUGUUGGUCGCUCUGGUGUCCCUCGUUCUCAACAACGCGGCCGCCUUUACCCCCAACUGGGUGUACCAGACCUUGGAGGAUGGGCGGAAACGCAGCGUGGGGCUGUGGAAGAUGUGCUGGCUGGCAGAGAAGGGGAAAGGAGGGGUGGGCGCAGGUGCCAAGCACGGGCAAGGGGUGGAGCAGCAGCAACAGCAGCAGCAGCAGCAGCAGCACGAGUGUGAAGCCUUGAGUUGGGGUUCGGAGCCAGCUGGUUUCCAGGAGUCCCGAAAUACUGUCAAAUUGCAAUUCGACAUGAUGCGGGCCUGCAACCUGAUCGCCACCGUCGCCCUGACGGCCGGUCAGCUCCUCUUCGUGUUGGGACUGGUGGAACUGCCCAUCCUCUCCCAGGACACCCAGUGGUGGGAAGAAGCCAUCGCCGCCGUCUUCCAGCUUGCCAGUUUCGUUCUGGUCAUUGGCCUGGUGACUUUCUACCGCAUUGGACCCUACACCAGCCUGUCCUGGUCUUGCUAUCUGAACAUUGUGGCAUGUCUCUUAGCCACAUUGGCUGCAGCCAUCCUCAUAUGGAACAUCCUUCAUCGGCGGGAGGACUGCAUGGCCCCCAGAGUCAUUGUCAUCAGCCGCACGCUGACCGCUCGCUUUCGGCGAGGGCUGGAGAACGACUACGUGGAGUCCCCGUGCUGAGAAUAUGGAGACGGAAAGAGGGAGUUGCAACCACACAGGCAGACUUAAAACAACAACAACAAAAACAACCACAACUGACUGCUUUCUUAUACAUAGGCGAUGUAAUUUAAUACCCCAAAUUUCACUCCUCCCUUAAGAGAAGUCCAUCAUUAUGGGUAGUCUUCCGCUUACGACCAAAAUUGAGCCUCUGGGGUUAAGAGGAGACAUUUCUUCAGGGAGCUGUGCCCCGUUCUUAAGACCGUUGUUACGUUAGUAACUCGGUUAUGAAGUGGAUCUGGCUUCCACGUCAACUGUGCUAGUCGCAAAAGGGGGUUCCCCAUGACCUUGGGAACAUAGCAGCCUGGGUCAUAAAAAGGAACCAGUUGCCGAGCUUUUGAAUUUUGAUCACGGGACGCAAAGGUCGUAGCGGUGAAAAACGGUUCUAAGUCACCGUUUUCAGUGCUGUUGUUUACUUUGACCAAAAAAAACCCCAACCCCGUUGUAAGUUGAGGACUACCUGCACUGCUUAGGUGUUCGUCUGUAUCUGUCUGUCUGUCUGUCUGUCUGUCUGCCUAACUCGCUACAUUAUACAAUGCUUUUCUUGAUCCCAAUGUACAGCCUAAGAUAUCAACAGCUCAACCAUCUGGAUGGGUUUUUAGCCAAAAGGAAAAGGAGUGAGGCAGAGCUAGGCUCCGACAGAUUUGGGGGAGAAUCUGGCAAUGGGAAAAAGCAACUCUUUCUUUCAAGUCUAAGCUGUUCACAUGAAAAAGUUACCAACAGAUGCAAAGGCUCAGUUACAGAAAUGUUCUUCCUUUGGAACCAGCCGUAAGAGCAGUCUGAAAAGAAGAAAUGAGAGCUUGUUCUCUCUUUUCGCCCAUUUGGUGCAACCCAGAGGGCUGUUGUUGUUGUUUUUUUAAAAAAAAUUAAUUUAAAGAGAAUUAAUUAUGCAAACUGAUUAUUUAGCGUAUGGCUCACCGUACACAGAGUAGCGAUUUCUAUAUAUGUGUGCGCGAAAUUUGAGAGGCAUCGAAUCUGGCCAGAACAACUAUUCUCGUUCUGAUGCCAGUGUUCCCAAAUCAAAGCCAACUGGGGAUAAUUGUACUGUUUUGGAAGGCUUGGCAGAAAGGCUUUUAACGGGGCAUGAAAUAUUUAAGAUUUCAGGCUUAUUUGUCUUUUAAAGCCAAUUUUGUAGAAACAUUUCCAUGCCACUUAACUCUUGAUAAAGAGGUUCAUUCUAAAGCUGCCGUUCUUCAUCAUAUCUGCGUUACCCACAUUAAGAAGAGUUGGCUUUUUUCCUCUUUCCAUCAUCCUUAGCAAUUAUUUAAAUCGAGAAUAGAUGGCUGGGCGCUUUUUUUUUUCUUCUCCAAAUUUGGCGCUAAAUUGUAACUUUUAUUUUUGCUUGAGUGCUUAAGCACUCAACCGUCAUAAAUAUGAGUCUGAAUUUGGAUCAGGUGAGCAGGGAGAGGCUGCAACCUGUUGUUAAAUCGAGGACUACCUGUGCUGAAAUCUAAAAUCAAACCAGUGCAGCUUCGGAAGGUGCUUCAAUGAGGUGGGAAGACCAGCUGACUAAAAUUACGGGAGGCAAGAAUUUAUUCCUUAUUUAUGGAAGGUGGGGGGGAAAUCCAUCAGAAAUGGCUGUCAGAUGAAUAGAUCCCUGAUACCACACAAAGAAUAUUUGACUUUGAUAGAACGUUUAGCAAAACAUUGAACUAGUGAAGAAUGAUACUAGGGAGCUAAUGACGGAGAGAAGAAAAAAAACAGAUUGGAUGAUGAGGCUGUUGACCUAAAUAUUUAAUGUCUCUUUCUUAGAGACUUUUGUAAUAUAACUGCUUCAAAACUUCGCUUUAGCUUUCCGCUUUCCAUCCUUUUUUCUUCUUCAAGAGGACCCAAAUUAUUGGGGGUGACAUGCUAACUCUGUAAACCACUUAGAGAGGGCUGUAAAGCUCCGUAAAGCGGUAUAUACGUCCGAGUGCUAUUGCUAUUCAUUCAGAAAGGGAACAACGAAGCUUGCCCUUUGAGCUUCGUAGUAUGACUUAAUAGGACAACAAAUAAAAGACAUAAACAAGUAUGUCACUCAGUACCUAAGCCUUAAUAAGCAACCUGACCUAAAGCGGAACAAACAGGAAAGUUUGAGGAAUAAUUCUCGAGGAAUUAUUCCUAUUCUGGAUAUAACAACUGAUUUCUUUAAAACAAUUGUGGGUAGCAUUUUUCCUCCUUAGGUUACCCAACUGUUUAGAGGACCAAAACCCUGCUUUUAGAGAAAAAGUAAUAUAAGAAUAUGUGCAACAUUUACAAACUACUUUGGCAUCUUUAGCACUGUGUGUUAUAGAAUAUAUCUAGACAAUAGAUGUGGACAAUUACGAUUGAAAAUAGUAAAACGGCUACCAAUAUAAUCCUUUGGGCACCUUAAUGUUGUUAUAAAUUCCUUUACCUACAGUAUAUUUCUACCUCCCAGAAGUCCUGUCCUAUUAAACAUGCCAACUAGGGUGAGAAAAUUCACGUUGUUAGUAGACUUACGUUCCAGAGUUUACAUCCCACUUCAAAGUAUGCUUUGAGUCUUUUUUUUAGAUUUAGAAAGCUGUCUUGCUGGGAUUAAACAGACUGAUUUUUUAAUCACAAAUUGGAUUUCAUUUCAACUUAUCUGUCUGCUUUCUAGGAAAAUU